GCGCGCAGCGCGGGCGGCCAUGGCGGCGGGUCGGCUGCCGGCGGUGCUGCUGCUCCUCGCCCUGCUGCUGGGCGGCACGGCGGGGCCCGGCGCUUGGGCAGCGCGGAGCCGCGGCGCCGAGAAGCAGAACAGCUUCCGCCGAGCCGCCAGCGGCCUCUACCAGGGCGUCAGCGGCCUGUUCGGGGAGGACAACGUGCGGGCCCUGCAGAAGUUUUUCUCAAGGUUGACAGAGAGGUUUGUGAAUGGGGUGGAUGUAUUAAUGGACACAUUCUGGAGAAUAUGGACUGAUUUGUUAGAUGUUCUUGGAAUUGAUGCCUCCAACUUGACUCAUUAUUUCAGCCCAGCAGCAAUUGCCAACAACCCAACCCGCGCUAUUCUGCUGAUCGGCGCCAUCUUACUCGCCUAUUGGUUUUUGUCUCUCUUCCUCGGAUUCUUCUUCUAUCUCCUGCACAUGAUCUUUGGUCGUUUUUUCUGGAUUGCGAGGGUCGCCCUCUUCACGCUCUCGUGCAUAUACAUCCUGCAGAAGUACGAGGGUGACCCGGAGCACGCGGUCCUGCCCCUCUGCUUCGUGGUGGCUGUCUACUUCAUGACGGGGCCGGUGGGAUUUUACUGGAGAAGAAACAGCAGCAGCAGCCUGGAGGAGAAGAUGGACCACCUCGACAGUCAGAUCAGACUGCUGAACAUACGUCUCUCCAGGGUGAUUGAGAACCUGGACAGAGGCAGUGACCAAUGACCCCACCCCCAUAGACCACCGUACACCAGCUCUAGAAAGUUCCUAAGCACUGUCUCAUUUGAAGUUACAAAGCAACAAAACAUCACAUGGUAAAAAGUGUGCAGAGUUAUAACUUUUCAUCAUGUGUAAGACUAAUCGAUCUAGAUUACACACUCAGCCAUUAUACUUGUAGGAAAGAGAAUUAAGCCGUAUAUUCAGAGUUUUAUCCAGUACUAGAGUUUUAUCAGUAGAGAAACGCUUACUUUUACAAGCAUUUAAAAACAUCUUUUGUAAAUUUUUUAUAAAGCAAAUUGAGUAGUCUUUA